UUUACCGAGGAGCCUCGGCGGAGCGGCGAGCGGAGGAGGAUGCCGACACGGCGCCGUUGAAAGGUCCCUCCAGAACCUUGUGGUGUCAUUGCAUCCAAUCUUGCAUAGCCAGAACUCCGUCUCAUCAAGCGCACGGAUGGUCUGGAGAAACUCCCGUUAAAAAAUUGGGAUAAGGAGACCUCAGAGAUCCUGAGGCCGCCAUUGGCUGAGAGUUUGAAAACACCUGCCUGCGGAAACAGCACCUCUGCCCUACUGACAUGGCUGACAUGGGGAGAGGCCUGGCAGUCAGCCGGCCAUUAGCAUUUGCCACCGAAGAGCAGCGGGCAGUUCACUCCUGGUCACGUAUCUCCUCCGCGGGACAGACUGUCCUCUUGGAGGCACUGCAGAUACUCAGUCCUAUGUCCCAGGAUCUCUCAAACACAGAGGAGUUGGUGGCUUUCUUGCAGGAGCUGAGCCAGGAGGGUCACAAGCCCACCGUGCUACAAAGCAAAGACGUCUAUGGCUACCGCUCCUGCAUGAGCCAACCGCUGACAGAGAUCAGACUCAAGUCCCUUAAUGACAGAACCCAAAAACAAACUGUCAAGAGGAAGGGGAAAAGGUCCCUGACCAAGAAGAGGGAGGUACAUCCCUCUUGGAGUAUGUGCGAGAAGAGCAACCCCCGGAUUCAAGGGACUCGUCCUCCAGAACUUCUGGAGGAGCAACAAACUGUUGUCUGUAGUAAAACUACCUUGCAGCUCAAAGAGGCGUCCCUGCUGUCCCAGGCACAGCCAUGCUUGAGACUGACCAACAUUCAGGGCAUGUCAGGCUUCCACACGGCCAGGCUUCAGAUUCACACCACCUGGGACUCCUCAGCAGAGCCUACCCUCAUCCCUGGUGCUCAACAGCAGCACCCUCCUCUGCUUUCAGGAAUACCAUCACAGCCUUCGCAAGGUGGUGGGGGGGCUGUGGCCUUGUUCAGCCAGAGGAGUUUGUCCUGCCCUGUCCGGCUGGACGGAGCUCUCAUCGGAGACUCCGCCCCAGUGCUCCGCUCCAAUGGCAGGGCUUUCCCAGAGACUCACACUGAGCUAUCCAGUAAUGGCUGGAGGGGCAAUGGGGCCCACCGGUCCCGGAGAGGCCCCAAAGAAGAUGGCCAGAGGACCAGUCUGAGGUGGAAAGUGAUUAAGGUGGACAACUCUCGCUCAGUCACAGAGGCUCGGAAAAAAGCCCAAAAGAUCCUCCAGGUGAAUCUGUCACCAGUGAUCCAGAUCCAACCGUUUGUUUUCAGAGACUGCAGACAAAAUGCUCCUCCUCAUUAGCAGAUGUUGCGGUUUCACAUCCGUGAGAUGUGGUCACACACCUCUGACUUCCUGGUUGGGCCCAGUGGUCAUAGUAGAGGUCUUUAAUGAGCUUAUGUCAACUCAACAGGUCUGCCAUACUGCAGUCAGCAUCUGUCAGUCUUAAGUUUAACAAUUGAGAGUGAUGUUCUGGCUUGUUAAGGGCGUCAGGGAAUAAAAGGGUUGAGCGAUUUGGAUGGAAGAUGACUCUUGUCCUGUUAAUGCUGGGAAUUGCUGCUGAAUUACAUUCGUAGCCAGUAAGUUGGUUGACUGUAGCGGCCUUAUCAGCAGGUAACCCAUUAUCAUCUAUUAGUCUAUUUUAAACAUUUAGUUCACUGUUAGAACUACAGAAGUCUGGUUGAUUUGAGGUAGAAGCAGCUACUGCGACCCGUUUCCACCAACCUGUGUGUCUACCAAGCAGCACUGGAUCAGCUAGCAGCACUGAACAUAGGCUUGUACAAAGUGUUGGGUGUUGCUUCUGCUGCUGUGAGGAGACCUGUCAGUGGUCUCCUCUAUUUGAAAUCAGGCCAUCUUGUUGAAGUUGAAAUGAUUAAAAUUUAGGUGCUUUAAACCUCUUAAGCUACCAGUGCUGUGGGAGCACGUGACAGUGAGGUGGGGGUCGGCAGUGGAUGGUCGUCCUCCUGGCUCUGCUGGUUCCAGUGGCUUAGUUCUAACUAGUUGUUUGAAAACCUGCAAUCUGGCAAAAACAUGUUUCCUUUUAGAACAAAGCAUUGAAAGUUUGUCUUCCUUUUUGUAUGUUCUCCACAUUUUCUUGGGAAAUGGGAGAUAGGAACUCUGGGAGCACUGGAUAGCAAAUGCUGCAGCAGGGAGUUGAUCCCCCUAACCCCAAAGGAGGAUUUGUACGCCCAUUCCCUUAUCUGACUGUUGAGUGGAAGGAUCCUCACUGGUUCACUGCUUCAGAUUCACCAGUGCUUGUGUGAAUUCUGUAUGAGGUGUGAUUUUAGGACGUGUCUGUCUGUAAGGGGAACCGGAGCUUCUUCUUUUUUUUUCGUCAAUUUUACGAGCUGCAGGGAGCGGCGUUGAGUUUGUUCUGGUCAUCCAUGACCGACUUCUCUCCUCAGUAACUUAACUGUCAAACAAUUCCAGCUCGAGUGAAACAACUGUGACGAAGUUCUCGGCAGCAUUUUGGCAGUUUGAGAGUUUGACAGUACUUCGUUGUAGCUCAUUUAAAAAACAAACAUGUUCUUCUGUCCAUUUGCAGAAUAAUUUGAAGUCAACUUACCAUCUUAAUGCGUUUAUUUGCAUCACGCAGUCAUUUCUGAGGCAGACUUUUACAGAGGACACCUGUUGUUGUUUUUUACAGGCGCUAUCUUUGCAUCGUCUUCGCUAAUUGACACAAUAAUGGCUUUCUUUUCUCCUUACAGUUCUUUCUCCAUUCAUUAAACUUCCCUGUCCAGUUUGAACCCCUCCCCCCGGGGUCGUGCUUCUGAGAGCACGUCUGCCCCUCCAGGUCAGACGGUGCCAAAUCUGCCUUGUGUGAAGUUCAGAUGUUUUGUCUCCACUGUGGUAGCAAACCUGUUCAGGCGGCCGUUGGUGGGGAGCUGCGGUUGCAUUUCGCUGUGAUUGUUGUGUUCAGUUGUUUGGGCCAAACACCAUUCCACACAACAGACGUUUUAAACGCAGAUUGUCACUUUUUAUUUUGGUGAGUUCUUAGCGGGUUGGAGAACUUGUCUGGACACUUGGCUGAGGAGACAGAUUUUACGCUCCUGGUUGAGAUUCCUGAAUUGAAAGUAAACAGUAACCAAAAUUAAUCUCGAGUUUCAAGAAACCAAAUGUGAGAAAUGUUCAAAUAUCCAGAGUUCGUGUUUGACUUGUACAUUUAAUUUUCGGAAACCUCUCACGACUUCAGUGUAAUUCUGUCCUCUUGCCAGCCAUCUUUGUCAAACAUUCAGUCCCUUUUUUAGCUUUUCUUUGUGCAACACUUGUACAGUAUAUUUCCUACAUGGUCUUUGAAAAACAAUUUGCUGAAUAAAACU